AAAUUAUAACCCAUACGAUGUUUUUAAUUUUCACGGUAACCCUUACAGGCUUCCGUAGUUUUACAAGCGUAUAUAUAUUUAGAGUAUCAUAUUACCUAUAUAGCUCAAGGUAAUCAUGGAUAAAUUGGUCUCUACAGUAUCAAAAAUACCGUAUUACCAGGGUAUUUUGCUUCCGGCUUACUCAGAAUUUGCAAACGAUGUUGAAAAAAAGAUGCUAGAUAUAAAGCAUUUUGAAUCACGGGAAUCGGACAUUCUGCUUUGUUCUUCUAUGAAAUCAGGUUCGCAUUGGUUGUUAGAAAUCAUCUCCAUGUUGCUUUCCGGAAGUUGUGAUGUAACAAAAGAAACAGUAUUGAGUAGUAAUCUUGAAUACACACGACUUGAAGAGUUCAAAAAUAGACCAGAUCCACGAAUUAAUCAUUCACACCUUCCUUUAAAAUUUCUACCCGAAAAGCAUUUAGAAAAGUCUUAUAAAACAGUUUUAGUUCUGCGAAACCCAAAAGAUAGACUGGCAUCGUACUAUUUUGCAAUAUUGGGGAAAAUGCCCGGAUUGGAAAAUCUGAAAUGGUCUGAUUACUUCAAUCGAAACAUGCAAGAAGGAGUUCCGAGAGUGUACGGAGAUUGGUUUGAUUACACAUUAGAAUGGUCAGCAGCACUGAAGACAAAUCCGAAAAACAUAUUUCCAAUCUUUUAUGAAGACUUAAAGAAGAAUUUUGCAGUAAACGUGAAGAAAUUGGGUGAAUUUCUCGGUGUCGAAAGAGAUAAUUUGUUUUACAGUGAGAUAGAACAAAAAUGUAGUUUUGAAUACAUGAAACAGAAUAAAGCUGAUGAUUUGGUAGCAAUUGAUCCUAAAGGCCAGUCCACAUUAUAUAGGAAAGGUGAGAUUGGUGACUGGAAAAACAUAUUCACAGUUGCUCAAAACGAACAAUUUGACGAAGUAUUGCAUAUGAAAAUGUCAGAUUCCAUGAUCCAUUUUCAAUUCGAAUGAUACUCUGUAUCUAACAAUUUGAAAGCAUAAUUAAAUAUUUGUUGGUUAAUAUUCGUUAAUUGUCCGUAAUAAACUCAAAGUACUUCUCAACGGACAACACUUGACAUAUCCGAGAUAUACACUAUUGGGGAAAAUAUUAUUCAAGUAGUCAAUGGUUAAUGGAAGAUGCCUCUCUAACGAGCUACAACUAAGAACCAGUGAAUAUAGCAAUGACCGUAUGGACUAAACAUUACUACCAUAAAAUUUAACUGCAUGUAUAUAUUAUGUAGAUGAUGGAAGUGUCUAUUGGGUGUCUUUAUGCCAUUUUAUUUUUUUUUGUUGACAUAGCUGUUUGUUUUCAUAGUAUACAAGAUUAUAACACAAUAUUGA